UUUUCGAGGUGAAAAGUUUGUGUUCGUCGAAUAAAAAUCCGGAAUUUAGACAAAAGCAACUCCCGGUUAACUUGGAAGACAUGUCCCAAGGAACUAGGCGCAGUGAGCGCAUUCGUCGCAACCUCGAAAGGCAGAGAGCUGUGAUUCCAUAUCCGAUUCGAGUCAAUCCGCCUCGGGUUCUGUUCUUGGUGGACACAAGGGCAGCGCUUCAAGGGGGCUACGGUUGGCCGGCGACCGAUAUGCUCAUACUUUCUUGCCCCGCGGAACUAAAUCGCUCAAUGUUUUUGCGGCUCGACAUGUCCCAACGACAGUACCAGAGAUCCGCAAUCCAAGCCAUCAUGUUGACGGGAACCAGGCUUCGCGCACCGUAUCCCCAAAGGUUUCGGUACAUCUUCGAACCCAGCAGGAGCCUUGAAGCCGCUACAUGGAACAGCCUCGUCGACGACGGAACCCUAAUGAUGGCCCUGAUCGUCGACCCUUUCCUGGAUUCCUAUAUGCGCCAAAGCCCCUUUACAGCUAUAACCUUGAUCAUGCGCGUUGUCGAUUACUUCCUCUGCUGAAAUCGGGACAUUAGACAACACCAAAGAUAAGCAAUAAGAAUUUGUAUAAUAAUAACCAAGUUUACAAUCCAAUUCAGAAAUGUUUAAACAAUGUAAGCAGAGCGAAAUUGAGUUGCAUUCUCCAGAUUAAUUUAUUGUAUAAAUUGUGAGAUAUUUCAUACAUAUGUUUAUUGACACAACAAUUGGUAAUACUGGAAAUAAACUGACUCACAAUUUUUAAGAAC